AUGUCACGUGGGCAAGACGAAACCAUAACGGUUUUUUUGGGAGAUUUAUCACGUGAUGCAACAAAAGAAGAAGUGGAAAAAGCAUUUAGUUACUAUGGAAAAUUACGUAAUGUUUGGCUCUCACGUAGUCCAUGGGGUUAUGGUUUUAUUGAUUUCGAAGAUCAACGUGAUGCAGCGGAUGCUGUUAAAGCACUUGACGGAAAAAUGAUAUGUGGUUCACGUGUUCGUGUUGAAUUUUCUCAUGGUCGUGGUCGAUCAAAUCGUGGUGGUCGAACUCGACGUCAUUCUGGUAGUCGAUCACCUCGUUCAAAAAAACCGUAUAGUCCACAUGAUGUUUGUUAUGAAUGUGGAGAUCGCGGUCAUUAUGCUUAUGAUUGUGAAAUUCGUCUAAGACGCCAACGUCGCAUGAAGUCUAGCUCACGUAGUAAAAGUCGAAGUCCUAGACAAACGAAAAAUGGCCAUUCAUCAAGAAAUGAUCACAAAAGUCGAAGUCGUUCUGAAAGUAGCCGAUCAUCGCGUCAUCGAGAACGUUCAUCCAGCCGUUCUCGUUCACGCUCCAGAUCAAAUAGUCCGGUUCGGUCAAAAGACCGGCGAGCACGAACAAAAUCACGAUCACGUGGCAGUCGAUAA